GGUGUGAGAGUGGUAGGGGCUGCGGGAGUGCGGAGUUUACAACUUCCAGCACAGCAAGCGGGCUUAGUUUCGUCCUCCGUCGUCGCCGUGGUAUCAUUCAAGUUUUGGUCUCGGUUCGGACUGGUCGUGUUUCCUCCUCCUCAUCUUAUCCUGGUAGUGUUUAGAGUGAAGAGUGUUCCGUGUUGGUGGUUCUGUGCUCCGGAUUAGUACCAGAGCGACAAGUUGAGUGGCCUACUGCUGAUAACCCUCUCCGAGGACAUCACCAUCAUCAUCGUGGACGUCUAGCGAGCAGUCUCGCAGAUAAGGCGCAAUAAGGACCCGAAGCCGAUUUUCUACGACUCAGCGCCAAUUUCGACAUUAGUCGUCAGUCACGAUGGACGCACAGACGGAACCGGAGGUGCCACCGGCACCCAUUAGCGACGAGCCAUUCCUGGGCCCACUGGACAUCAUCCUGCUGGCGGUGCUGAUCGGCGGCGCCGCCUGGUACUUCCUGAAGAGCAAAAAGAAGGACACACAGACCAGUCAGUUCAAAUCGUACUCGAUACAGCCCACCACCGUCAACACGAUGACCAUGGCGGAGAAUUCGUUCAUCAAAAAGCUGAAAUCGUCCGGCCGUCGGCUGGUGGUGUUCUACGGGUCGCAAACCGGCACGGCGGAAGAGUUCGCCGGCCGUCUGGCGAAGGAGGGCCUGCGCUACCAGAUGAAGGGCAUGGUGGCCGACCCGGAGGAGUGCGAUAUGGAGGAGCUACUUUCACUGAAGGACAUCGACAAGUCGUUGGCAGUGUUCUGCUUAGCUACGUACGGCGAGGGUGAUCCCACCGAUAACUGCAUGGAGUUUUACGAUUGGAUUCAGAACAACGAUGUGGACUUUUCCGGGCUGAAUUAUGCGGUGUUCGGGCUUGGCAACAAAACCUACGAACAUUACAACAAGGUCGGAAUCUAUGUGGACAAACGGCUGGAGGAGCUCGGGGCCAACCGGGUGUUCGAGCUGGGACUCGGAGAUGACGAUGCCAACAUUGAGGACGACUUCAUCACAUGGAAGGACAAGUUCUGGCCAGCCGUUUGCGACCACUUCGGAAUCGAGAGCUCGGGCGAAGAGGUGUUGAUGCGUCAGUACCGUUUGCUGGAACAGCCGGAAACUCCAACGGAGCGACUGUACACCGGUGAAGUGGCUCGUCUACACUCCCUUCAAACUCAGCGACCGCCCUUCGAUGCAAAGAAUCCCUUCCUGGCCCCGAUCAAGGUCAACCGUGAACUGCACAAAGCUGGCGGCCGGUCCUGCAUGCACAUUGAAUUCGACAUUGAGGGGUCCAAGAUGCGUUACGAAGCCGGUGACCACUUGGCCAUGUACCCGGUCAACGAUCAGGAUCUGGUGCUGAGAUUGGGAAAGCUUUGCAAUGCCGAUCUGGACACGGUUUUCUCGCUGAUCAACACCGACACGGACAGCAGCAAGAAGCAUCCGUUCCCUUGCCCGACCACGUACAGAACCGCGUUGACGCACUACCUGGAGAUCACUGCCCUGCCAAGAACGCACAUCCUCAAGGAGUUGGCCGAAUACUGCAGCGAAGAGAAGGAUAAGGAGUUCCUGCGGUUCAUGUGCUCGACGAAUCCAGAAGGCAAGGCCAAGUAUCAGGAAUGGGUCCAGGACAGCUGUCGUAACAUUGUGCACGUGUUGGAGGACCUUCCUUCGUGUCGGCCACCGAUCGACCACAUCUGUGAACUGUUGCCCCGCCUUCAGCCCCGUUACUACUCGAUUUCGUCGUCGUCCAAACUGUACCCGACCACGGUUCACGUCACGGCCGUUCUGGUCAAGUACGAAACGAAAACCGGACGCGUCAACCAUGGUGUGGCCACGACAUUCCUAUCACAGAAGCACCCCCUGGAUGGGGAGCCCCUGCCACGGGUGCCGAUCUUCAUUCGUAAGAGCCAGUUCCGGUUGCCUGCAAAAACGGAGACUCCUGUCAUCAUGGUUGGACCCGGUACGGGUCUGGCUCCGUUCCGCGGGUUCAUUCAGGAGCGCGACUUCAACAAGAAGGACGGAAAAGAAGUGGGACAGACCAUUUUGUACUUUGGCUGUCGGAAACGAUCGGAGGAUUACAUCUAUGAAGAGGAAUUGGAAGACUACGUCCAGCGCGGCAUAAUGAAGCUGCGAACGGCCUUCUCCCGGGAUCAAGCGCACAAAGUCUACGUCACGCACCUGCUGGAGGAGGACAUGGAUCUGCUGUGGAAUGUGAUAGGGGAGAACAAGGGUCAUUUCUACAUUUGCGGUGACGCCAAGAACAUGGCCACCGACGUGCGGAACAUUCUGCUCAAGGUGCUGCAGACCAAGGGCAGCAUGAGCGAGAGUGAAGCCAUCCAGUACAUCAAGAAGAUGGAAGCCCAGAAGCGAUACUCGGCCGACGUGUGGAGUUAAUCCAUCUCCCGCUGAAAAAAACCUCCCUCGUCCCUCCCUCCCUUCCUUCCCCCCUUUUAUCUAUAAUCCCAAAACGAAAUGAAAACUCAGGUUGAAAGGCUUCCCACCCACGCACACAGCACCCAUUAUCAUCUCGUCGUCCCCUUGUCCUCAUUCCGAUAUCCUCUCCCACAGACAGUCGCCCUAGUUGUUAUUUUACCCCGAUCAUCUUUCAACUCAUUCACACAAACACAAGCACCGCUACACAGAGCUUUAGCAAACUGCAAGGGACAAAGUUUAGGUUUCUUUAUUUUCUUCUUUUGUUAAUCUGAUGUUUUCUUUUUUUGAUCGACAGUGAUAAAGUUUAAAACAAUUUGUAGUAAUUGUAGGUUAGUAAUAUUUCCAUUAUGCUUAUGUUGGCCCCCCUCGUUUGAAAGGGGGAGGAAUUAAAAGUGCUAGGAAAAUAAAUGGGGGAACCCUUCCGUUUAAACAAUCAUGUUGAAUGUUUAGGUGAAACGGGAAACAAAAGGGUCAAGCAACAAACCCCAAUGGAUAACAAACAAAAAACGGUGUUAGACAGCAUGUGGAACAGUGCUAUUGCUAGAGGAGAAGUUACAAAGUGCGCUAGAUAAGGCAACGGCAGUUGCUUAGCUGUUAAAACACAAACGUCGAAAGGAUGUGAAGGAUGCAAUAUACUAUUUUGGAGAUAUGUAUUCGUCUACUGUUAAGUAGUGGAAA